UUUCCUCUUUUAACAAAUUAUACUUUACAUGUUUAUUACCUGAACACAGGACGAUACACGUGUCCAAGUGUGAACAAGUCUGUAAUGGUAAUCAGCUUAAACCUAAUUCAGCUCUAAACCAAGCUCUCAUCCUGAAACGCCAACCUACCAAGGCAACUCACUUAUAUUCGCCACCAAACCAACCUUCGCCGCAGCUGAGUGAGAUCUCGAGCAUUGCAUUCUCACCACAGCGCUUUACAAAUCACCUCUUCAACCUGUAUAGGCGCAGCAUGGAUCCCGAAAACGCCAUGCCGGAGGCUCACAUCGACCCACAGCUGGAGCUGCUUACAAGCAGCCAGGGCAAUCUGACGCCAGACGCAAUGGCAUAUUCGUAUCCAACCACAUCUUUUGACCAAUGGAAUUCCAUGUUCCAGUCAAUAGGGGACUUCCCACAAGCCCCACAAGACCCAGGCAUGAUGAACUCGGAUCACUAUAGCGAUACGUCAUCAUCGUUUUCUUUCGGAAACGAUCAGAAUGCAGAGUUUCUCAUGUCUCCGAUACAGGGAGCGUCACUCACCCUGGACCAUUCACCCGGCAACACAUCCAUCACCUCCGUCUCAGAGCCUGGAGCCAGCACAAAAACCGAACCCUACGCCAAUGCCAAUAUCGGUACCAGCAACGCAAACACCAACACCAAAAAGGAUGCUGCAAAAGCCACAAAGGGCAAAAAGGGUCAUCGCCGGGCCCGCAGCGAGUCGGAAAAGAAAGAACAGGUCAAGCAGCGGAACAGGGUCGCCGCGUCCAAAUGCCGACAGAAGAAGAAGGUCAAGGUGGAUGAGCUGAAGGAGAUGCAGUCGAACCUGGAGGCUCAGAACAACCAGCUCCGCAUGGAAUUCCAGAAGCUCCGCGAGGAGAUUGGCCAGGUGAAGAGCGAUCUGAUCAACCAUACCGAGUGCAACGACGCCAACAUCAACCGCUGGGUUGAGAAUGAGGCCAAGGGCUUUGUCAAGAAGCUCGUUGAGAACGGGGAGCGGCAACGCAUGGCGAGCAUCAGCAGCACCGAGGGCAAUCCCAUAGGCGUAAUGCCGAUGCAGUCGUUUGAGGGCGUCUCGAACAUGCCGCUUGAGGAUCCCUACAUGGGACUGGAUCAAUAACUCGACUCAAAUCACCCUCCUGUCUCUGUUUCCACUUCUCGCCUCUCAUCGGACGGUCAGCAAGGUGGUGGGGGGGUUCUAAUCACGAAAUGGCUGUUCCUCAAUACGAUAUUCUAAUUCACAAAAUCUUUUCCAUUUGUCACCAUCGUUUCAACGAAAAAUUUCGACUUAUG